AUGUCUAGAAGACGGUCAGCUCGUUUAAACGCACUCGCUUUUACCACCACCGAGCAAUCAUCGAAAAUUGCACCGACUUCUCCUGAAGCAAAAACUGCCAAGAUCAUUUUGAACAAAGUAUGCACACCCCAAUAUCAGUACCCAGCAAUCAUAGACCCCGACACAAACAAGUCUUCCUUUUCCGAAAGUAGUGACGACUUAGGAUCCGACCUAAGCCCCCUAAGUGGCAGCGAAAGUCCUAAAAAUACAACAUCCGACCAGAAAGCCCCAGCGGCCCCCGAACGCCGAGAGAGAUACCAGGUCCUGAUACUCCCUCCAUGUGAUAUCGAAGCACUUUCCGAGGAGGAUUCCCCCUCCACCACAUAUACUACCGCAUCACAACAACUCAUCAUGUGGGCAGCCCAUCUCUGGUACCAAAAACACGGAAAUGUUAUUCUCCCCUCUGUGAGAAUCAAACAUGAUUAUAAGAGAGAAGAGUGCAAAAAUGGAUGUGUAGGGGUUUUUCACUGCUGGGGUUGUAAGAAAGGUUGGAUCGCUGCGCAUGCUUGGGUAGAUGUUUAUUGUGAUGGUGCUUGUGAGACUUGUCCUGAAGUUAGUGGAUUGAAUGCUCCUACUACUGUGCCUAGAUUUAUAUCUGGGGGUUCUCCGACUGAUCGUGGUCAUUGUUAUGAAUGUGAAAAAAAGGAGAAGGUGGAUAUUUUGUAG